GCUUGAUCUCUUUAUGACAUCCAUUGUCUAUCUCGCCCACCAUCACAGCAGCAUCAUGUGGCACUGUGGUGUGUUUGGGGCUCUGCCCUUCCUGGCUCCUCUCGCCUGCACCACGCAGGCCCUUGAUCAUCGCGUCGUCGUCUAUUACCAGACCACUCACUACAAUAGCUCUGCCACCAGCGAUGUCUCGCUUCUUCCGCUGGUCAAGGACCAGGCUCACGUGGCAGCCACCCACGUUCUCAUCUCAGCCAUCCACAUAGUCGACGAGGACGGCGGCAUCAGGCUCAACGACCACGCCCCUGAUAACGAAAUUUUUGACCACGUCUGGUCCGACGCAGCGCACCUUCAGGCCGCUGGCGUGACUGUAAUGGCUAUGGUGGGCGGUGCCGCCCCAGGCUCCUGGGACCGCCUCGAUGGCGACGACGCCCAGUUUGAGCAUUAUUACAAGCCGCUACACGACUUUAUCGGCAACUACAACAUUGAAGGUCUUGACCUUGACGUAGAGCAAUCCAUGUCCCUCGAUGGCAUCAUUCGCCUCAUCGACCGUCUCAAAAAGGACUUCGGCGACGACUUCGUCAUCUCCCUCGCACCAGUAGGCUCGGCGCUGACCAAGGGGGGUGGCAACCUCAGUGGUUUUGACUACUUUGAGCUCGAAGCCCAACGUGGUGACAAGAUUGCAUUCUAUAAUGCCCAGUUCUACUUUGGCUGGGGUGACCCCAGCUCCGCUGCCGACUACGAGGACAUCAUUGACGACGGGUUCCGGGCCGACAAAGUCGUUAUGGGCUUAUUGACCAACCCGGCUAAUGGCAAUGGCUACGUCAGCCUCGACAAACAGGCGCCUGUCCUCGAAGAACUCGUGUCAGAGAAUCCUACUUUUGGAGGCGUCGCUGGCUGGGAAUACUUCAACAGCUUACCAGGCGGCGACAAAGCCCCUGAAGAAUGGGCAACCUGGAUGGGGGAGCACAUUACCCCUACCCAGCUUGACGCCUCCGGGCAUCCUCAAGCUCGCGAGAUCUCACCGAUUGAGUCUGUACACAGGGCCAUGAGGAAGUCAUAUCGUCAAGUUCGUGGUUUUGGCAAACGAAUGUACAGGAACUACAUUGCUUAGCAUAUGAGUUGCCCCGGAGGCUUUUUGCCCAGCCAGCUUCGGUCUUUAGUAUGGCGCUUUCUAUCUUUUUUGAUGUGUUGAUGUAUGAUAGAAUCAAAGGACAUAAGAAUUCGGCUCUACAUUUGCGUUUAUAUUUCCAAGCACCAACCUGCGUCGCAGGACAUGUUGGCAUUGCAAGUAGAGUAUUCAUCGAGUUUGAUUUCAACAGGCGA